CCAUGCAAGAUCUCUCCUAGUCCUGGUACACACAUCUCAUGUUCUUUCUCUCCUUAAACAUCAACCCUUUUUUUACUCUAUACAUAUAUACCCACAUAUAGUUUCAUAUAUAUUGAUCUAUACAUAUAUACACACACACACACAAAGGCGUGUAUAAUAUAUAUAUAUAUAUAUAUAUUAUAUGUAUAAUAUGGCAGAUAUUGAUCACUAUCAAUCGAAGAAUAACCAAAACAACACAACAAGUUUAAAGAUUUUUGGUUUCAAUGUAUACGAGGAUGAAGAAGUUGACUCCACCAAAACACCGACAGAAUCUCUAGAUUCCGUCGGUUGUUUCCCCACCUCGGACGGUCGAAAAUACGAGUGUCAGUACUGCUGUCGUGAGUUCGCUAACUCACAAGCUUUAGGUGGUCAUCAAAACGCUCAUAAAAAAGAACGUCAACAGUUAAAACGUGCACAAAUGCAAGCAACUCGAAACGCUGCCGUUUCAUACAUCAGAAACCCUAUUAUCUCCGCCUUCGCUCCGCCGCCUCACCUCCUUACUAACACCGGUCCGAUGGUGAUCCCGUCGUCGGCCGUCGCAUCUCCGUCGUGGGUUUACGUUCCACGCGCCGCUCCCGGGUUCCACGUGUCGCAUGGAUGUGUGUUGCCGUCUGGUUCAUCUUCACCGUCCGGUGGGAGAGGUCCAGGGUCGUUAUCGUAUGCCGGCAGUGUAGGGGAUUCCUCGUUGACACAUAUUGGGCCUCAGCCCAAUAACCGGUUGUCUUAUCAUGAAGACGUGCCUUCGUUGAGUAGGUUUUCGAGAGGGGAUGGUGGGCCCACCUUUGAUGAUACAUUUGGGCUUGAUUUGCAUCUUAGCCUCUAGAGAUUAGCCGAGCCACGGCUUCGGCUUUGGAUUUAAGCCCCUUGGCUCAGCUCGGCACCGCUCAGCUUGGUUCAAUGGUUAAAGAUUUUAAUCUUUCAGCUCCGUUUGGUUCGGUUCGGUUCAACUGCUAUCGAUUUUAAUUUUUUCGGCUCCGCUCAGUUCGGUUCGGUUCAGUUGUUAAAGAUUUAAUCUUUUAGUUUAGUAAACUCGGCUUCACUGUAAACUCGGCUUGGAGAAGCCGUUCAUCCACUUGGAUCUUGUAAAUUAUGAUUUAUUUAUUAAUUUACUUAUUUACUCUAAAUUAGGUU